AUGAUGCAGCAACAGCAGAGGCUUAAGCAACAACAGGUGAUGAGCAUGAUGCAAUACCACCCUGCUUUUCUAGCUACUCCGCAGAUAGAGCCUAUCUUGAGUGGAAAUCUGCCUCCCGGGUUUGAUUCAAGUACAUGCCGCAGUGUGUACGUGGGGAACAUCCAUCCCUCGGUUACAGAACCCCUUCUUCAGCAGGUUUUUUCGAGUACAGGACCUAUUGAAGGAUGUAAGCUCAUUAGGAAAGAGAAGUCAUCCUAUGGCUUUGUGGACUACUUCGACCGUAGAUCUGCUGCGCAUGCUAUUUUGACCCUAAAUGGAAGGCCUGUCUUUGGACAACCUAUCAAAGUUAAUUGGGCAUAUGCUAGCAGUCAGCGAGAGGAUACUUCAGGUCACCACAAUGUUUUUGUUGGUGAUCUUAGCCCGGAAGUUACAGAUGCUACCUUAUAUGCGUACUUCUCCAGUUAUCCUACUUGCUCAGAUGCAAGAGUUAUGUGGGACCAGAAGACUGGCCGUUCAAGGGGGUUUGGUUUUGUUUCUUUCAGGAACCAGCAGGAUGCUCAAAGUGCCAUUAAUGAUUUGAACGGUAAGUGGCUCGGAAGCAGACAAAUCAGGUGUAAUUGGGCCACAAAAGGAGCCAACUCUAAUGAUGACAAACAGAGCUCUGAUGCCAAAAGUGUUGUGGAGCUAACAAAUGGUUCCGAUGAUGGGCAGGACAAGAAAAGUGAUGACGCCCCAGAGAAUAAUCCUCAGUAUACAACUGUUUAUGUCGGCAAUCUUGCUCCAGAGGUUACAUCUGUUGAUCUUCAUCGGCAUUUCCAUUUGCUUGGAGCUGGUACUAUUGAAGAUGUGAGAGUGCAGCGAGAUAAGGGUUUUGGGUUUGUGAGGUACAGUACACAUGCUGAAGCGGCUUUCGCAAUCCAAAUGGGAAAUGCGCGGAUCCUGUGUGGCAAACCAAUCAAGUGUUCAUGGGGUAGCAAGCCCACUCCACCAGGGACAAGCUCUGCUCCUCUUCCCCCGCCAGCAGCUGCACAAAUUCCAGGGUUUUCAGCAGCUGACCUUAUGAAUUACGAGCGGCAGAUGGCUUUGAGCAAGAUGGGGAGCAUGCAAGCGGCCCUGAUGCAGCAUCAUGCUGCUCAGGGUCAGCAUGCCAUGAGACACGCAGCAGCCAUGGGAAUGGGCGCUGCUGUUGGAUCUAGCCAGGCUAUCUAUGAUGGUGGGUUCCCAAGCGUGGCGACUACUCAGCAGCAACUAAUGUACUAUCACUAA